UGUGACGCUAGUGUAUUCUGUCAGGAUGAGCCGCCCGGCAGUAGCCUAGAACCUUGACGCUGCUGCAAAUAGUGUUUUAAAAAGCGGGUCUGUUGGGCGUAAUGCUGUGAGUGGCCAUACAUCCGCUCCAUGAUCAGAGCUUGAGUGUGUCCCAGCAUGCCUUGCACCUGCCGGAACUGGAGGAGGUGGAUCAGACCAUUGGUGGUCUUUCUGUAUAUUGUGGGGUUGAUUGUAGGGGUUCCAAUAUGCAUCUGGAAGCUACAGAAGAUGGAGGUUGGUGUGCACACCAAGGCAUGGUUUAUUGCUGGAAUAUUUGUUCUUAUGACCAUACCAAUAUCUCUGUGGGGGAUAUUGCAGCAUUUGGUUCAUUAUACACAACCAGAGUUGCAGAAGCCCAUAAUCAGGAUACUGUGGAUGGUGCCAAUUUACAGUGUAGAUAGUUGGAUCGCUCUGAAAUAUCCUGACAUUGCUAUUUAUGUUGACACAUGCCGAGAAUGCUAUGAAGCUUAUGUCAUCUACAACUUUAUGAUUUUCCUUUUGAACUAUCUAACAAAUCGUUGCCCAAAUCUGGCAUUAGUUCUUGAAGCCAAAGACCAACGAAGACAUCUUCCUCCUCUAUGCUGCUGUCCACCCUGGGCAAUGGGAGAUGUGCUGUUGUUCAGAUGCAAGCUGGGUGUGCUUCAGUAUACUGUAGUUCGACCUGUCACAACUGUAAUUGCCUUAAUUUGUCAGCUGACUGGAGUAUACGGAGAAGGUGACUUCAGUGUAAAAAAUGCCUGGACUUACUUGGUUAUAAUAAACAACGUAUCACAAUUGUUUGCUAUGUAUUGCCUUGUUCUGUUUUAUAAAGUACUCAAAGAAGAACUGAACCCCAUUCAGCCAGUUGGCAAAUUUCUCUGUGUCAAGAUGGUUGUCUUUGUUUCCUUUUGGCAAGCUGUAUUCAUAGCCAUCUUGGUAAAGGCUGGUGUAAUUUCCAAUACCUGGGAAUGGAAACGAGUUCAAGAUGUGGCUACUGGAUUACAGGACUUCAUUAUUUGUGUUGAAAUGUUCCUGGCGGCUGUUGCUCACCAUUAUAGCUUCACAUAUAAGCCAUAUGUUCAGGAGGCUGAAGAGGGCUCAUGUUUCGAUUCAUUUCUUGCCAUGUGGGAUAUAUCUGAUAUUCGAGCUGAUAUAUCAGAGCAAGUACAAAACGUUGGAAGGACUGUAUUGGGCAGACCCAAGAAAAUGUUUUUUAAUGAAGACCUGGAACACAAUGAACACACCAGCUUGCUGUCUUCAUCUACUCAGGAUCCCAUAUCUGCAGCUUCCUCUAUACCACCAUCUCCAUCAGGGCACUACCAAGGCUUUGGUCAGACAGUAACCCCCCAAACUACGCCCACUGCCGCAACUAUACCUGAGGAACUCUACAGUGCUGACUCCCCUGAAGCUGAUUUACAUGUAGCGGACCACAGUAAUGUGUUGGAUGACAGUUGCAACCAUUUGGAUUCCUAACCCUUUUGCAGUGCCUAAUCAACAUGUUCUGCGUUGUGUAUUUUUAUACAAUUAAUGGCUUACUUUAAGUGACAACUCCAUUUUCCCUGCACAGAAGGAAUUACCAAAUGUUGUCUGUAGUUGCCAGUGGGGACGGUGUUUCUGUCUGACGCUGUCUGUGUAAUACCAGGUUUUGGUAUUUUAAGAAGAAUACUUUCUUGUUUUAAGGUUUGUAUACAUUGAUGAAGAUGAUAAGCUUAACGAGAAACAAUCCAUUUAGGAUGGUUUCUUUUAAUCUUGGAAGCCUUUCCUGAAUGCACACUAAAUAAUAUAUAAAUAUAUAAUGGAGUAGCUAAGGCAGAUAUUAAAAGAAUAUAUCUGGAAUGUUCUGGGCUGACCAAUAUUCCAGGGGCCCAUAGAGUUCUCAAAAGACAUACAAGCUCGGGGUUACCUUCACAAAAUUUUUUCUCCAUCUGUUGGAUGGUGUAUACUCCUUUAUAAAUCCCACGACCUUUACUGAUAUGUUGUUUUCUUAGAAACGACAGAUGGUAAAUUCCAGGCGUUGGUAUAAAAUGCAAAUAUACCAACUCCUGUAUUGGUAUAGAUUUUGGUAUAUUUGUAUUUGGGAGUAAAGGGCAGAUCUGGUCACCUCAACUUACAUUUGUUCAUAAUACAUGUAAUGUGGGAGGAACCAAGAGCAAAAUAACUUAAUAACAUAGGGACAAAUCUAAUGUCACCAUAUAACAAGAACGGUACAAUGCAUUCAUCUGCAAAGAAUGGCAUUUGUAUAGGCAGCAUUCCUGUAUAGGAACAGAAUGUGAGGAACGUAACUGAUGCAGGUGCACAAAGGUCCAUCCGUCAGUGUUCCUGAUCACUAUGUGGGGGUCGCUAUCAGUAACUUUAGGUCACAAGAACGGUUUUGUGAGAAGUUUGGAGAAAUUAAUUUGCAGAAAGCAUUCAGGAUAGGGUUUCAUCGCUGAAACUGUAAUAUAUAUUUAUGAAUGAUCAGGUGCUGAAAACUUAUAUACAAGUUGAAGCUGGAAAAUGCUGAUGAGCUCAGCAAGGUUUGUUUGGCGGGCACUAGAUGGCAGUAUUAUCCUCCUGUCUCAAGAAGAGUUACUGUGUAAUGUUGCUGGAUUCUGUUUGACUUCAGAAUGUACUGUUCAGCACUGUAUAACCAAUUAGACCUAAAUAAAUAUGUUAAACUAUAAA